GUUGAGAACUUCCAGUGAAAUGCCUGGCAGCGGGUUUACACGUGCGUCUGUUGUUAGUUGUAACCAUAACGACAGCGUUGUAUUGAAUGAGAGACUGAAGAGUUGGGGCAUAUUGCUUGUGUUGGGUUUUUAAUCCUCAAAUUUUUUUAGUAAUGGAGACGUCAUCCUUUCAACAAGUACUUUUUCCUGGAGAAGCGGAAGGAUAUAUACAAAAUUUGGAAAUAUUUCAGCUAAAGGACAUUGGUUGUCCAAGGUGGUUCAAGCAGCACGAAUACAUCGAAAAGCUUAACAUGCAGGCGAUUCUUAAUGCCACGGGAAGCCAGGAUGAGUUCGUGAAGGAGUUACUUGUGUCAUUGGGAAAGAUCCCUACAUUGGUCCAUGAGAUGAUCUUAGUGGAGGUUUGGAAAGUGAAGAUUUUUCCUAUUCUGUGUCAGCUGCAGGAUUUCAACCCGCAAAGCACAUUUCCUUUGUAUAUGGUGAUUCAUCAUGAAGCUACCAUUAUCAACCUGUUAGAGACAGUCAUGUUUCACCGGGAGUCCUGCGAGGCUGCAGAGGACUCUGUCUUGGACCUGGUGGAUUACUGUCACCGUAAGCUGACCCUGCUGGCUGGCCGCUCUGAGAGGGAGGAUCCCACAACUGAGGGCAGGCUGACCCACACAGUGGAUGUAAAUUCCUCCUCCAUACAGGAACUAAAGAAGCAGAGUGAGGCCUUAGAGUUUGAGAUCUCCCUGAAGGCACUUUCAGUUCUCCGGUACAUCACUGAUCACACAGACAGUGUGAGUCUGAGUGCCCUCACCAGACUGCUCUGCACCCAUAAUCUACCCUGUGUCCUGGUCCAGCUGGUUGAGCACUGCCCUUGGUCUCGCUUCUCCAAAGGUCAGCUGGAAAAGUACAUAGAUGGGAAGUGGCAGAAAAUUCCCAGGGAAGACCAGGUAAAGAUGACUAAACUGGAUGGCCAGGUGUGGAUCGCUCUGCUCAACCUGCUGCUAAAGCCAGAAUGCCAGAGGAAAUAUGAUUUCAACAACUUCAACAAAAGCCAGCUCUUAAAGUUGCGAGCUUUCCUGACAGAGGUAUUGAUUGACCAGCUGCCAAACCUGGGUGAGUUACAACGCUUCCUAAGUCACCUGGCAGUCACGGACCCAGCACCCCCAAAAAAGGACCUGAUCCUGGAGCAGAUUCCAGAGAUGUGGAACAAUAUAAUGAAGGACAAUUCAGGGAAGUGGAAGGCUGUUGCCAAGUACCAGGUGAAGCAGGCUUUUAGUCCCUCAGAAAGUGACCUGAGGCAGCAGGCAUGCAGGCUGGCCCAGACCUACAAUCUGGAUGUGAUUGAGAGCUUUAUACCCGAGAAGCCCAAGUGUGGCUCGUGUGGCUCUGAGGCCAGCAAGCGCUGCUCACGCUGCCAGGGAGAGUGGUACUGCCGCAGGGAAUGCCAGGUGAAGCACUGGCCGAAACACAAGAAAGCUUGCCAACUGAUGGCGGAUGCCACAGAGAAACUCCAGAGGGACUUAAACAUCAAAGCUUAGCUUUUGGUUUUAGACAACGGACUGAGGAAUGUUUACCAGAAUAGCAGAGUUCUCUGUUUUAUUCUUUUCACCCACGUUGUGUAAAAAGAUAAAUUGUUAAUCUCUAAGAUGACAUCAUUGGCUUGACACAUGUAUGAAGGCUAUCUUGUAAACCAAGCAUGUCGAUAAAGAUAAAUAACAUUGGAUGGUCAUGUCAGUGACAGAAACUUGGUCUGAAGUUAUAGGUUUUAUCUGCAUGUUGAAAGUCAUAGAUUGACAGUCCUGUGCUUACUUGUAAGAAAACAAGUGGAUUUUCCUCAAACUGAAAUCACAGAAUAGCGAUUGUAAUUAUUUCGUUUUGCAGGAGUUUGUAAAAUUGAUAAUUUACUCUGUUCCUAAUUUUUUUUUUUUUUUUUUUGUAAGUUUUGUACUGUUUGGUACCCAUUAGCUUUAACAUAAUUCUAAAUUGUUUGGAACACAG